GGCGGACUCACCACUGGAUCCAUAUUUUUCCACGACUUUAACGGCAGUGUUUUGGCCGCCAAUGAUGUCGUACUCGUGGCCCCGAACUAUAGGUUAGGACCGUUUGGUUUCCUAUACGGGGAUCGGGAGGACGCGCCCGGAAAUGUCGGCUUUUAUGACCAGUUAUUGGCUCUCAAAUGGGUUAGAGAAAACAUCCAUAAGUUUGGCGGAGAUAGGGAUCAGAUCACUAUAUUUGGUCAAAGCGCCGGCGGGUCGUCUGUGUCCGCACACAUCAUCUCUCCGCUAAGUAAAGGCCUCUUCGCGAGGGCUAUACUGGAGAGCGGAUCUUAUAUGAACCAUAAGGACAGGGAUGUGAUCAAUAAGACUGAAGCCUUACUUCUGGCCAAAGAUAUGGCACAACAGUUGAAAUGCAAUCCAUUAGAGGAUUGGCUGCAAUGUCUGCGAAGAGCGGAUACCAAAGACAUAUUGAAAUUUGAGGCGGAGAUGACAUUCCCUGUGGAGGACACAGACUUUCUGCCCAUAUCUGCACAAAAAGCAUUUGCGUUGAAAAAAUUUAACCAGGACAUUGAUCUAAUGGCUGGUGUUGUGCGCGACGAGGGGUCGGGCUUUGGGUCCCAUAUAUACCAACACAUCGAGAAUAUAACGGCUGAUGUCUUCCAAGAGCUGGUUUUGGCCACAAAUAAGAUAUACCACGGAUUGGACGCCAGAAAUGUCACCGACUUUUACCUUAAUCUGGUGGACACGGAUCAGCCCCGAGAGAUCGAGUGGGCGUACGACAGGUUUGUCGGCGAUCUGACCAUCAAAUGCCCGACAUAUGUGUUUGCGAAACAGUUUGCCAAAAACAACCAUGAUCACAAUCGGGGUAGAAAUGUCUAUUUCUAUGAGCUGACCUACGAGAGCAAGUUUGUGGCGAAUGUGACCAAUUGUGAACGUGGUAUUUGCCAUACGGCUGACGUGCCCUUUCUGUUUGGGAUGCCGUUUAUAAUACCGGAUCAGUUCACAGAAGAGGAGACCUAUUUUAGCAAACAGAUGAUCAUUAUGUGGACUAAUUUCGCUAAAACAGGGUAA